AUGACCGAGGUGACGCCGACCACUUGUGGCUGCCUCGCGUCGCUCGAGGUGCUCAUGGGCCCCCACACGGGCGCAAUGGUCGCGCCGACGUCGAGCGCCAUUGCCAUCGGCCGCAGCAAGAAGUUCGUCGGCGGCACCGGCCUCCUCCUCGCGUCCGACUUUGACGUCUCGUCUCGCCACGCCAGCAUCGCGCGCGACGCCAGCCUCGGACGCUUCGUCGUCGUCGACGUUGGCAGCACCAAUGGCACCAAGCUCAAUGAGGCGCCGAUUGCGCCGCGGACGCCGACGCCUCUGCGCGACGGCGACACGCUCACGACUGGCGCGUCGCUCCUGGCCUUUCGCAUCGAUGUCGUCUGCGCCGCGUGCGCUGUCCCCACGCCCAGCGAAGUCGACAUCGUCGUCGCCGCCGAGGCGCCUCUAGAGCACGAAGAGAGCGCCAUUUGCACGUGA